UACUGUGACAGCUCACUCACUUGCCUUUAAUUUUCAUUUCCUUCAAAUACCCCCAUCAACCUAAACCGACUUGUUUUAACAAUAUUUUACUCUUCUCUACACCACACCGCCUUCCUUCCCUCUUCCUCUUCAAAUCUCAGCUACUCCUUUUUCACUUUCUUUAAGUGUCUAACCAACAUUCAAACCUCAUAUUUUCAACUACUACUCUCCCUUUUCUGCUACUAUAGUACAAUAACAACAACUCCUUUCUUGUUAUUCUGCAUCUGCUGACAGAAUGAAUAAACAAGAAAUGCUUAAGUCUCAGACUUGUGUUCUUAAAGUAAAUAUACACUGUGAUGGCUGUAAACAGAAGGUGAAAAAGAAAUUGCAGAAGAUUGAAGGAGUUUACACAGUGAAGAUAGAUUCAGACCAAAGCAAAGUAACAGUGACAGGAAAUGUUGAUUCAGCAACACUGAUAAAGAAGCUAGUGAAAUCAGGGAAACAUGCAGAGCUAUGGGGAGGAGCACAAAAGGGAGGUUCUAAUUUCAGUAUGAUGAACAAUCAGUUCAUGAACAUGCAAAUGGACAACUUUAAAGGUGGAAAAGACAACAAAGCUCAGAAGGGUGGUGGUGGUGGAAAUAAGGAACCACCAAAGGGGAAUGCUCAACAGUUUCUUCAGAUGAUGCAGAAUCUCAAAGGGUCAAAGGAUAAUUUCAAGAUGGCUAAUGUUCCUAAUCCCAAGGAUCAAAAAUCUGUGAAGUUCAAUCUGCCUGAGGAUGAAUUUGAUGAUGAAUCUGAUGACUUCGAUGAUGAAUCUGAUGAUUAUGAUGAUGAAUCUGAUGAUGAAUUUGGUGGCCCUCCACCUUCUAAAAUGAUGCCUGCUAUGGGGGGUGGGGGUGGUCAUGGAGCUCAUGGGCUUAAUGCUAUGAUGAUGAAGGGUGGGCCUAUGGGUAAUAAUGGUGGAAAUGGCAAGAAAGGUGGGGUUGAAAUCCCAGUACAAAUGGCUGGAAAUCAUCAUGAUGGUGGCAAGAACAAUAAUAAUGGAGGAAAACAGGGGAAAGGAGGGAACCAAAACCAGAACCAGAAUCAAAAUGUUGGUAAAAAUGGUGGCAAAGGUAACAAUAAUGGAAGUUUUGGAGCAGCAGCACCUCAGAAAGGAGCAGGGGGAGGGAAGAUGGAUGGAGGUCUAUUGAUGAACAGUAUGCAACAAGGAGGGCCACAUGGUAUGAUGAGUAUGGGUCAAAAAAGUGGAGGCCCAAUGACCAUGGGCCCAAUGGGUAAUCACCCGAUGGGUCAUAUGUCGGCAGCUCAAGGACUACCCGCCGGUGGUCCUGCCGGAUACCCCGGGAUGGGUCAAGGUGGCAACAACCCUUAUAGCCAACAACAACAACAACUACAACAACAACAGUACAUGGCACAAAUGAUGAUGAACCAACAGCGGCCUGCCGGAUAUGACAUGUACGGAGCCCAUCCAAACAUGUACGGUGCCCAUCCGAUGAUGUACGCUCGGCAACAUCCAUCUGUGAGUUACGGGCCACCACCGCCUAUGGGAGCUCCGGUGCAUGAUAAUUUUACUCAUAUGUUCAGUGAUGAGAAUACAGGCAGCUGUAGUAUUAUGUAAAUUGUUUUUUUAUAAAAAAAGGUGUGUACUUUGUUUUGGUCUUUAGCUUAUUAUGAAGUAAUGAGAGACUAUGCUUUUGUCUUCAGAAAGCAAAUUGUAAGAAUUUUGCUCUACCUAUUA